UCCUCUCUUACGGCCGUUCCUUUUUUCUUCUCUUCUUCUCUUCUUCUCCUCUUCUCCUCUUCUACUCCUCCCUCUUCUCUCUCCGGUCAUCAUCCUCCCUCCCCCCUUACUUCCAUUUCAUCUUUUUCUCUUUUUUACACUCAGCUGUAAAUAUCAUCAUCAUGGCUGCCCCCGCUCAGAAGUUCAAGGUCGCCGACAUCUCUCUGGCCGCCUUCGGUCGCCGUGAGAUCGAGCUCGCCGAGAUUGAGAUGCCCGGUCUGAUGGCCAUCCGUAGCCGUUAUGCCGCUGACCAGCCCUUGAAGGGUGCUCGUAUCGCCGGUUGUCUUCACAUGACCAUCCAGACCGCCGUCCUCAUCGAGACCCUCACUGCUCUUGGUGCCGAGGUUACCUGGACCAGCUGCAACAUUUUCUCCACCCAGGACCACGCUGCCGCCGCCAUUGCCGCCGCCGGUGUCCCUGUCUUCGCCUGGAAGGGUGAGACCGAUGAGGAGUACAACUGGUGCUUGGAGCAGCAGCUCCAGUCCUUCAAGGAUGGCAAGAAGCUCAACCUCAUCCUCGACGACGGUGGUGACCUGACCUCCCUCGUCCACGACAAGUACCCCGAGCAGCUCAAGGACUGCUUCGGUCUGUCCGAGGAGACCACGACCGGUGUCCACCACCUCUACCGUAUGCUCAAGGACGGCAAGCUGCUCGUCCCCGCCAUCAACGUCAACGACUCCGUCACCAAGUCCAAGUUCGACAACCUGUACGGCUGCCGUGAGUCCCUCAUCGACGGUAUCAAGCGUGCCACCGAUGUCAUGAUCGCCGGUAAGGUCGCCGUUGUUGCCGGUUACGGUGAUGUCGGUAAGGGCUGUGCCUCCGCUCUGCACAGCAUGGGUGCCCGUGUCCUGGUCACCGAGAUCGACCCCAUCAACGCCCUCCAGGCUGCCGUCCAGGGUUACGAGGUCGUCACCAUGGAGGAGGCUGCUCCUCAGGGUCAGAUCUUCGUCACCACCACCGGUUGCCGUGACAUCCUCGUUGGCUCUCACUUCGAGGUGAUGCGCAACGACGCCAUUGUCUGCAACAUUGGUCACUUCGAUAUCGAGAUUGACGUUGCCUGGCUCAAGGCCAACGCCAAGUCGGUCCAGAACAUCAAGCCCCAGGUUGACCGCUACACCAUGGCCAACGGCCGUAACAUCAUCCUGCUCGCUGAGGGCCGUCUGGUCAACCUUGGCUGUGCCACCGGCCACUCUUCCUUUGUCAUGUCCUGCUCUUUCUCCAACCAGGUCCUGGCUCAGAUCGCUCUCUUCAAGGCUGAGGACGUUGCUUUCGGCCAGAAGUACGUCGAGUUCGGCUCCGCCGGCAAGAAGCCCGUCGGUGUCUACGUUCUGCCCAAGGUCCUCGACGAGCAGGUUGCUCUGCUCCACCUCGCCCACGUUAACGGCAAGCUCUCCAAGCUCACCCCCGUGCAGGCCGAGUACCUGGGUCUGGAUGUCACCGGUCCCUUCAAGGCCGACCACUACCGCUACUAAGCGGGGUCACCCAUUUUUCUUUUCCUUUCUCUUUUGAUGAUGUUUGGUAUACCCUGACCCCUAGACUUGUUUUCUUCAACAUGUGACGAUGUUACGAUCAACAUACACCGAGUUCUGUAUCAACUUGGAACUCAAAAGCGUUUGUCCUUCAACGGCAAUACACAAAAGGUGGCAUAUACGGGGGUUUCAUUUCUCAUGGCUUAGGUUUUCUGGUUGUAAAUGGGCUGGAGUAUUUUGCAUUCAACUGUGUGCCGCUGGGGGAUUUUCUUUUCUUAAUGUUACUAUAACCUGAUACACAUUAGACCGGGCCUCUGGCCGGUGUCGUGCAUGAAUGAAGACAUUCAAUGCGAUCA